AUGGCUACGGAACAUCGAAAGACAGUUUCGCUACUUUGGGAUCACAGGCCCAGCGAUGAAGAAAGACUGCUGAUCAUUUUCGGCGGUCAAAUAAUUGCAGAUUUAGAAGACACACUUCUCGACGCUACAGACAACGAAGCCGGCGAAGAUGCACAUAUCGAUGCCUAUGCACAUAUCAUAAUCAAACUCAACAAACAUUUUCUACCGAAGAAGAACAAAGAUUUUGCUAGAUUUCAGUUUGGAAAUCUUAAGAAAAACGACGGUGAAUCGCUUGUUCGAUACUAUACACGCAUCAGGGAAAUAGCAAAGAAAUGCAGUUUCUCGAAUGACAGCGGAGCUAUUCGAGACCACUUAAUAAAAACAAUGAUGAACAAUGUCGUAUGUAUCAAAGCAAUACGCAAGAAUUGGACGUCGACCAAAUUCCAGAAGAAGCUGAGUUGGACGAGGAAACCCAAACACAAGCUAAAGAGAUGGAGAAGAAAGUAA